GAGUGUCUCUCCUUUGAUCCAAGGGGCGAAUGCGAUUUUUUUUAAAUCAUGGCAGUUCAUGAAAGCUCCCCGGUUAGAAUCUUGGCUUGGGCCGUCCCAAGAACUAUAUCUACUGCUUUCACCAAGUGCCUGAGUAGCGUAGAUGGAAUGGAGGUUUGGUUUGAACUUUUCACUGGCGCCAGCUUUGUGAGAAAUGAGUACGAACAACAGACUGGCCACAAAAUGCCAAUGGAAUUCGAAGGUAAUGAGGAACAGAUACUGGAAGCUACUAAGCUUUUUGAGCGUUUCAUAGGAACAAGACUUGUCCCAGAAAGAGUGGUAUAUGGUAACCCGCAGAAAGAACUCCAAGCAUCUAGUAGCAGGUACAUCUUUGCAAAGGAAGGAUGCAUCGCCUUUCCCGACAAACGUUCACGGAAAUACCUAUUACCUGGCUUCAAGCAUGUAUUUCUCAUACGGAAUCCUGUAGCAGUGUUCACAUCCUACAGGAAAUGUGCCUACCAACAAUUGACGAGGGUCGGUAUCAGAACAGGCGAUUCCGAAGACGAGGAUGAGUUCGACAUGGAAUACGACAAUCCUGUCAUAAACCCGAGCAAAUUCUUCAGUGAAAUCGUAGAAAUGUUUCGCUACGUCCGUGACAAUUUGGAUCCUGAUCCGAUUGUAAUCAACACUGACGAUCUGUUGGCCAACCCAGCUGAGGUGCUGAAGAAGUUCUGUCACCUGACCCGUCUUCCGUACAGUGAUUCCCUUCUUCAGUGGAAUUCCUCUAAAGAUACAAUCAACAACUGGAAGACAGCGAACGAUGAAUACAUCAAGACCAGUGCCUUCCACGAAGCAGCAGCCGCAUCUGACAGGUUUUUCCCGCCAAAAACAGCAAUUCCCUUUGAAAAGUUAACACCAGAUGCAAGAAGACUAGCAAACCAGUCUAUGCCAUACUUUGAAGUAAUAAAUCAAUAUAAAAUAUAAAUAAUGAUGGAGCAAUAUGCUGGGGUUAAGGCUUGUGCAGGUUUAAAAAAAUACGUGUAUAUAAUUCAAUUGAAACAAUGUUGACAUUGUUAUGUUGCCUUAAUGUACAUUAUCUCAGGUUAAUUUUAAUGUGGCAUUAUGAAGUAGAUACAGACCUUAAGCAUAGUGUGUGUUCCCUAAGGUUCCGUCUUAGAACCAACUUUAUUCUAUCAUGAUUAUGUAAAUAAAGAGGGAGAAGGGGAUGCAAGGUUUAGAGUAAAUAUAGGGGAGGGGAUGGUCAAGGCAAGAGGAGAGAUCUUUCGGCAAGUUUAGUCGAAUCCUUUCGGAACGUGCGCCACUUGGUAGUUCAAAUGGUAAAAAUGUGAUAUAUGCACCAAUUCACUUAUAGAAUAGUGCAAAAUGCAUUAAAGAAAAGUGAAAAAGGUGUUUUAGUAGAGAAUUAGAAGGUAUCUACGUACAUGUAUUUGUUUAGGCAUAUUCUGAUAAUCCAGUGAUUUAGAAGAAAUAAACCUAUUUAGAUAAUAUUGACCAGUUUUGUUGACCGUUUGCUACUCCCAUACGACAAAGCAACAAGGAAUUAUAAACUAUCACAACAACGCUAUUUUUCUUGCCGGAAUCUAUCAUUUGAUACCAGAUUGACCACACGAGCUGCUGACAUCAUUAUUUAUAACUGGUUUACAUAUACAUGUAUACACUCGGCGUUGGCUUUAAGGCGAUACACGAGAUAAGUGCUCACGAACGACACCCAGGUACUUACGAAUUAGUCGCCUGUCAGUUUGUAUCAGGAAUGAGAGAGGUUAUCUAUUGUGUUCAUGAGAAUGGUGUGUACAUGAAGUCAGGGUUGGAGCAGACCCCCCCCCCAUUUCAAAAUAAAGUAACACAAAAGGGGUGUGUUCCUUCCCCCAUACACUCUUAAAAAGGAUUGGUCAAAGUAAAUAUCGGUAAAUAUGAAUCAGACCUAGAAAGGUCACACACAUACAAAAAGACAUUCAUUAUUUUGACCAAUCCUUUUUAAUAAUCUACUACACUG